AUGCCUUCGUCACGCAGACUCUCCUGGAACGGCGAGUUCCCCGAAAACUUCCAGUUAUUGAGAAUUGGCAGACGGGAAUCAACAUCGACGAGCCGGUACCAUGGACGCGAGAGAGGUAUCGUCUAUCGCCACCACAAUGAAGUUCCCACUAGAGAGAUCGCAGCUUGCGGCGAUGUCUGGGAGAAGCUCGGCCAGACCCUGGGUCCCAACUUCAAGUUCGAGGACGUCAACGUCAACGGCCUUUGGGAUCUGGUAUUCGAAGAUGGCUGGACCACCGCCGAUUCGGUCGGCAAGCGGCCCUUCCCGGCUCCCCGAGACGACAGCCAGCUGGUCGUCAUGGUUGGCAGAUGGAAGGCGCAUCUCCCCAAGGCAUCGGCCGACAUGCCCGACAUCGCUGAAAGACGCCGCUGGGCAAAAGCUUUCGUCAAAUUCUCUUGCAUCAACGACGGCCACAGCUUCUCGUCCACAUUCAUGUUCUGCGACCGCUGGGGCCAUGAAGCUCCUCAGUCGUACAUCGACUUCGACUACUCCGAGCACGCCAAUUACUUCGGCAAAGCGGUCGAGAAGUUCGAGAAGCACGAGGUGAACCGUCUGAAGACCUACAACGAGGACUUGGCCGUGUACAUCGUUCGUCGCCGCCUGCAGGUUUGGGCUCAGCACGGCUUCAAGCUCCCCUGCGCCGGCCCGUACAGCCGCGACGACGAGGACGUCCGCACUUACAGGGAUGACGCUGCGGAUAUGGAGGAGUUCCGCGGACUGGCGUGGCCCCUGGGCACGCUUCAGUUGAUGGCGAACGCUCUUACCCAGUUUGAGGAUAUCAAGGUGGCCAAGUUCUGA